AUGAAUCAAAAUCUUUGUUUUACUUUAUCGAUUCUUUCUAUUAUUAUUAUUAUUGUUUAUUAUGGAUUAUUACAAGUUGUGGCAGUUGCUCCAAAAGGUCAUCCUAAAGUACUGAAAACUAAAUCAGUGGAGAAAGAUCUUAUCAGAAUGUUAUUAAAUCGAUAUGAACAAUUUGGUAUAAUUGGACGACCAGUAAAUGACAGUAAAAUUAAAGUUGAUGUUCGUUAUGGAUUACAACUUUUCCAAAUUUUGGAUUUAGAUGAGAAUAAACAAAUUCUGCGAACUAACUGUUGGUGUAUGCAUAAAUGGACUGAUUCCCUCCUUCGUUGGAACGAAAGUGAAUAUGGAAAUAUUAAAACAGUUCGUAUAUUCCCAUCACAGAUUUGGACUCCUGACAUUAAAUUGUAUAAUUUUGCUGAUGAACGCUUACGCGAAUAUAGAGACGCUCGUGUUGUGGUCUCAAGUAAUGGAGAAACACUAUGGCUUCCACAAGCAUUAUUUAAAAGUACAUGUGAAGUUGAGAUCACAUAUUUCCCAUUUGACACACAGAUAUGCAUGUUAGAAUUUGGAUCCCUAACGUAUGAUAGAACUCAAAUGGACAUAUUAUGGUGGAUUCCGGAUUCACCUCCCAUAGAGGAAAUGCCAUAUUUAG